AUGGCUGAGAUUGUGCUUCUUCUGGUAAUUGAGAAGAUCGGAGUCGCCUUGGCAAAUGGAGCAGCACAUCGGGCCAGUGCACAAUUUUCCAGGUACGCGGCCCGACUAAUAGAGCUACAGGGCAGCAUGGGUCGUGUUGUUAGGGAGCUUCGCAUAAUUCAUGAUGUUCUAUGCCAAAUGGACAUUCGAAACCGCCACAAUCAAGUGUAUGAGGGCUGGUUGGAUGAGGUGCGGAAGGUAGCACAUGCGGUGGAGGAUAUGGUGGAUGAGUACAUGUAUCAAGUUGGCCAGGAACAUGAUACUAGGUGUUGCUUUUACCUGAAGAAAGGGCUUAGAAAACCAAGAUCUCUGCUUUCCUUGAAUCAGAUAUCUUCCAAAGUGAAGGAAAUAGAGAAAGACCUUGCACACCUGUCAGAGAUGAAAACCCGAUGGGUUCCCAUGAUAAACAAUGAAGAUACUAGCAGCUUGAAUUACAUGAUCAAGAAGUCUCAAGAUCUAGCAAACAUUUCACGUUCCCUUGAUGACGAAGAUCUAGUUGGGGUGGAUGAAAACAGAGGAAAACUUGAGCAGUGGUUGGGAAGUGAUGAUGUGGAACGUUCCCUGAUAACACUGAUAGGAAUGGGUGGACUAGGCAAAACAGCUUUAGCUUCAAAUGUCUAUAGAAAAGAGAGAGAGAAAUUCCAGUGCCAUGCAUGGGUCUCCAUCUCUCAAACUUAUUCUAGAGAAGAUGUCUUGAGAAAUAUAAUGAAGGAACUAUUCAAAGAUAAAGUCAGUGGUCCAUCAAACAUUGCAGCCAUGGACAUCACAAGCCUUGAAGAGACGUUGAAGAGAUAUCUAGGGAAAAUGAAGUAUUUGAUCAUAUUAGACGAUGUUUGGACUCCAGAUGCAUUUGAUGACUUGUCUAGAACACUUGUUUGUAAUGGUAAGGGAAGCAGAUUGAUAAUCACAACACGACAGGGUGAUGUUGCUGCACUUGCUUCUCGAGGACACAUAUUAGCACUUGAACCUUUACCAGAAGAUAAGGCUUGCUAUUGUGUCAAUUGGCAGCCUCUUGCAUAUGCGUGA